AGAAAUCGACUUGUGUGGCGUAUUGGACCAUCCUCUUGGGGUCUCCCUUUGGAAAAAAAAAAUAAAAUUAAUGUGUAUAAAUUAUAGAUCGAUGAAUGUGAUUCUGUACUAAGCUAAGAAGCGUGAACUUGCAAGCAAUGGAGGAUCCUCUUCCUCUUCAUAGUUGUCAUGUCCAAAAGUCUUGCAUGAUCAUUAAUCGCUUCUAUAUUUUUGUCCAUGGUACUGCUUUAUUAGCCUUGUUAUACUACAGAGUUUCAUCCAUCCUGGAAAUAAUAUUAGCUGAAAGCAGGGAACUGCCAUACUUUGUCUCUUAUCUUCUGGUCUUUGCUUCUGAGCUCGUACUAUCUUUUCUUUGGUUUCUCUCCAUAUCAUAUCGAUGGAGGCCAGUUUCACGUAGCGUAUUCCCAGAAAGACUACCGGAGGACCAAAAACUUCCAGCGAUCGACGUGUUUAUAUGCACUGCAGAUCCUGAAAAAGAGCCAAGUGUGGAAGUGAUGAAUACGGUCAUCUCAGCAAUGGCACUGGAUUAUCCUCUAGACAAGCUUCAUGUCUACCUUUCGGACGAUGGGGGCUCUCCUGUGACUCUUGGUGCCUUGAGGGAAGCCUGGAAAUUUGCACGCUUUUGGCUUCCAUUCUGCACUAAAUAUGGGAUCAAAACUAGGUGCCCUGAAGCUUAUUUUUCAAAAGAUGAUGAUUGUGAUGGGAGCCUAAGCAGGAGCAGUAGUAUUGAGUUCAUAGAUGACAAGAAAGAAAUUCAGAAACAAUAUGCUGUGUUCAAGGAACGCGUGCUACGGAUUCAAGAAAAUACAAGCACUGCCAGUAAGGAUCACCCUCCUUCUAUUGAGUUAAUCAAAGAUGCAGAUGAUGAUAGGGCAAACCAAGCAGAAAUGCCCCUUCUCGUUUAUGUAUCUCGUGAAAAGAGGCCCUCUCAUCCUCACCGUUUCAAAGCUGGAGCCCUCAACGUCCUUCUUCGAGUGUCUAGCAUGUUAAGCAAUUCGCCAUACAUACUAAUCUUAGAUUGCGACAUGUACUGCAACGAUUCAAGCUCAGCUCGACAAGCUAUGUGCUUUCACCUUGAUAAAACAAUAUCUCCCAAGCUAGCAUAUGUCCAGUUUCCUCAGAAGUUUCAUAAUAUCAGUUCCGAAGAUAUCUAUGACAGUCAGCUUAGACUCUGCUUUUCGGUAUUGGAAUUUAUAUACUAUUUUCGACAUAUGUGGUAUGGAGCGGAUGGGCUCAAGGGACCAACGUUCACUGGCACCUGCUUUUACAUGAAAAGAAUGGCGCUUUAUGGAACUUCCCAACUUCAAAAGGAUGCUAAUUUGGCCCAGCUUCAAAAAGUUUUUGGUCCAUCAAAUGAUUUCAUCAUAUCUAUCUACCAGAAAAACCACACCAACGGAAGAGAGUUUUUUAGUACAGCGCUCAAAGAGAUGGAUCUUUUAGCUUCUUGUUCCUAUGAGAAAGACACGGAAUGGGGAGAAGAGAUAGGCUUCAGGUACCUUUCUGUAGUGGAAGAUUUCUUCACAAGCUUCAUGUUACAAUGCAAAGGUUGGACUAGUGUCUAUAUUAAUCCACCAAAACCAUCAUUUUUGGGUUCAGCCACUACAAAUCUAAGUGAUUAUUUGGUUCAGCACACGCGAUGGUAUACCGGUUUGGUUGACAUAGUUCUCUCGAAAUAUUCUCCUCUGAUUUAUGGUGCACCAAGAAUGUCCAGUAUUCUACAGUGUAUGUAUAUCUCACACAUUGCAUAUUACUUUUUGAACUUCUUCCCCUUGUGGUGUUUAGCAAUCAUUCCCCAGCUCUGUCUACUGCAAGGGAUUCCUUUAUAUCCAGAGAUAUCAAAUCCAUUUUUCCUUGUUUUUGUAUUUGUAUUCCUCUCAUCAAAUCUCAAGGAUAUACAAGAAGUUCUAGCUGAUGGAUUUUCAAUUCGACCGUGGAUAUACGAUCAGAGGAUGUGGAUGAUAAGAGGCAUUGUGAUUUGUUCAAGGAACGUCGAGUGCUACGGAUUAAAGAAGACACAAGCACCCUUACUAGCAAUGAUCACCAUCCUACUAUUGAGGUAAUCAAUGCUGCAUCUGAUGUAUCUGGUGAGAAGAGGCCUUUCUCAUCCUCACCAUUUCAGGGCUGGAGCAGGAGCCCUCAACGUCCUCGCAGCUUCGAGUCUCUAGCAUGAUCAGCAAUUCACCGUACGUACUAAUCUUAGACUGCGACAUGUACUGCAACGAUUCAAGCUCGGCUCGAAAAGCGAUGUGUUUUGCCCUUGACAAAACAAAAUAUCGCCCAAGCUAGCAUAUGUCCAGUUGCCUCGGACAUUUAAUAAUAUUAGUUGAAAAGAUAUCUAUGACAGUCAGCUUAGAUACUUCAAGACGGUAUGUAUGAUUUUCAAGCGUUACCAAUCCGGCAUAUAUGAUUUUCAGGCAUCGACAAUGUUCGUUGCUCCAAUCUGUACUUUGAUUAUUCUAGGAAUACGACAAUAUUGCUUCCCUACGUCUAGGUGCUGUCAAGAUUGUUCUCACUGUAAAUUAUGAUGUGAUGUUUAUUUAAGCUUUUAUCUCCGUA